AUCGAUAGUGGGGUAUAAUGUUUGUGUUUUGAUUGUGUAUUUUGCAUUUAUUGUUUCAUUUGUGUUUGUGUAAUGUAUUGUUAUUGUGUGAAUUCACUGGAUCAAAUGGAUAGACCUUUAAAACAAUCUUGGCACGCCAGAUAAACGUAUAAUCGAAGUCGUUUUUGUAUUAUGACGCAGCAUGAUGAAGUUAGCAGGUCUCGUAAGAGGCUUUUCGAUGCUCUCGGUAGCAAUGCGAGCAACAGCUGUCGCCACUGCUGCUGCUGCUGCUGCUGCUACUGCUACUACUGCAUAUGAUGGAGACAGCUGACAUUAAGGCCCCGACUGUUGGUGGAGCUGAAACUGGUAUCUGGUGCUUUUGCGAUUAUGGUUUCAAAUGAAGAAAAGCAAGGAAGAAUUUGAUCAGUCGGCUAGGAAGCUCUUAACGUCAGAUCAAGUGCACCUACACAAUGCAUUUAUUAUUACCUUGAUCACAAAAUGUCACCGCCUUUCUCCGCAUCCACCUUCUAUCUAUGAAAAUUCAGGCCGUGGCCGUGGAGGAAAGGGCCGCCGUCGCAACCGUGCUGAACGUGGUGGUUUUGAACCUGUGGACGUUUUUGACUACAUGCUUCCUAUGCAACAAAUACCGUCACAUGCGCAACAGGAUGCUGUUCGACUUCUGGCCCAGGAAAGGUUUCUGCCAGAUUUUCCAUUUAUGUAUAGUCGGACUAUGCUUGGUGCAUGGGAGCAUGGUCUUGAAGGGGCAGAGGAUGGUGCUGUAAAGCUUAUUAUGUCAGCAGUGUUGGCAUUGCUGCGCAACAUUAUAUUUGCAACGAUUUGUCGCAGAAAAUCCUUUCAUGUUCUUGACAGUCGUUCUCCAUAUGGUGUUAAUAAACCAUAUAUUAACAAGUGGCUCAGGAGGAAGCUGGAUAAACCUCUUAGGUGUAGUGUUUUAAGGGGAAAGCCUGAUGAAAAGGGAGCAUCAUGCAGCAGACUUAGAAUUCUUGGACCAACAUACGAAGAAAUGGAGCAACGUUAUAUAUUUGAACUCGCAUGUUCAUCUCGGCAGCCUCCACCCAACAGGCCAAUAAGCUUAUAUGACCUACUUGAAACAGUGCAGGUGCAUCGAAAUGUGAUUCCAUCUGCAAGUGUAAUGUCUCUUCUGGAGGAGAGAAUUUUUGAUCGCCUAAUUCACCGGACUCAUGAGGAGAUGAGGGCUAAGCGUGUUCUUGAUAACUCAAUGUUUCUUUCAACUGAUCACCAUAAUUCCACAUUUAAAUCAAACAAUGAAAUGUGAGUGAAAAGGUUCAAUAGUACAAAUUAAAUCAAUUUCACAGGUGUGCAUAUCCACAUUUCUGCAGAAAACAUAAUAACGGAAUGUUACAUUGCUUGUAAAAAUUCAAGAAAACCAAUCAUAUUUAAGAACAUUUGCAGCAUAUUGCUAUAAGUAAAGUGUGAAUAUUCAGUUUUGUAAAUUACAAUUAUCUGACUGCUCCUGUUGUGAAAUAGUAGCUACUUUCACAUAUUGAAAUCGUGGAGAUAAGCGAAUGAAGAUUUUGAAAGAAGGGAAUAUGAUUUGGUGUGAAGAGUGAAAGAAGAGAAGGAAGAAGUGACAAACAUGUGACAGCCUGUUCCAGUUAAUUUUUCAAAAAAUGGGAACUGGAGAGGGAUGUUUAUAGGAUUGUAAUUAGAACAUUUACUCUUGAAGUUGGUGAAAAGAAAGACACAGAAAUGUGAACUGCAGAGAUCAAUUUUGUACCUGGUAUACCUCUCAGCAUGAAGAAUGAAAUGUCAUAUCUUUACCCUCUAAGUUGGUAGUUCCCAUGCUUGCACCUAGCCUAUUGGUGAUAGUUUACAUGAUCAGGUGGCACAGGAGUGCAGCAUUUUAUUUAAAUUAUUUCUUCAGUGUAGGAAUCGUGUGUUGAACAGUGAUGAAAUAUCCAGGAAUUCUUAACAGUAGACCCUUACUACAUUCAAGACACACAUGAUUACUUGAAAUAAACUUUGUUUUAUAGUCUUUGAAGUAAUCUUCAAAAUAAAGCCCACUAUCUGCAGUAUGUGCCCAUUACUUUCCAGUAGUUCUAUUAUGAGACAUAGCCUCAAAUUUUUCUUUGCAUCUUCCUUUGCCUUUUCAGUGCUCUGAUAAACAAUAAAUGCACUGUACACUUCAACAUUAAUGGCCUUCUCAAUAUUUUCAUUACCACUUUACAUAUAUAUAUAUAUAUAUUUCUUUCUUUUCACGAGGAAAGUUUGUGAUUCCUGGUUUCUUCCUACUUCCUCACUUCCCGAUGAAGGUCUUAAUGGUGCAUCAGCACAAACAUACCUACACUUAACUAAUGAAGUAGUGAUGCCCAUUGUCUACAGAUGGCAGAAGAAUGCAGUUUAACAUGAGAAACUGCAACUGGUGAGAAUGUGGUCUUAUUACCAAAAGUGCAGAAGCUCAGAGAGCACCAGUGAUUAACUCAGUUUCCUGGCUAGAGAGGUUAACUCAUAUAAUAAACACUUAAGAAAAAACUUAUUUGAAGGAAUACUAAGCAUGCAUUAGGUGUAAGAACAAUAAUAAAUUUUUAAGUUCUAUUGAAGAGCUAUAAACUCAGAACUCUGGUUGUAUAUACAGUAGAGUGUAGAUUAAAAUCUCCAGAGCAGCACUUAGAACACUAUAGAGGGCUCCUAUUUCACAGACAGAUAAGUUUUAGUCUGAUUGAUGAUGCUGCAGGCAGAUAAGUUUCUGCACCAAGUCACUGUAGUUUGCCAUUAAACUUGUAGUAUGAUUUGUGCAGCAUGUAUGCAGUAGGUGAUAAAUCUUCCAAAUACCCGGAUCUUAGUAAAAACAAUGUUCACAGAUCAGUGUGUUGCAUAAAUAAUUACACCAUGAAUAUACAGUUUAUUAUGUAAUGCAGUAUCAGUAUAUUUAAAUAAAUAAAAUGUAUCAUUGUGAGGUAUAUAUUGAUAGCAUUCCAGGUAAGGUUUCAGAUUAUGCUCAGAAUUGUGGAAAUGGCACAAAUAAAAAAUGAAGUACAAAUGCAAAAAAAUGUUAUGAGAGAACAAUAAGGAAAUUUAUUAAGUAAGCAUAAUUUAGAAGGGACUGUAUGUUGUAAGAGACUGUAAUAACGAUAAGAUGAUGGCAUUAAAUGAAGUGCACUAUGCCACAGGUUGGAAAUGGGAACCAAGGAGACGACUAUGGUGUCGCAGCUGCUUUAUGUUGGUUAAGGUGGUGGUAGUUGCAAUGUUUACUAUUUCAGUAGUGAAAUACUUAAGAAUUAAAACAAAGCAAUAAAUUUGUUAUGUAGCUAUGUGAAUGUGUAUAUGAGUACAUGACCAUUGUUCUUUGUAAUAUCUGAAGUGAUAUGAAUGGGGUAGGUCAUGUGAAAACAAUUAUAGACUGUUAAACUAAUUAUAGAUUAAAUAUACAAAAUUAUGCUAUAUAACUGAAAUUAAUAAUUGUUAUUAUUAAUCAUGAAACUCAGUAUGCAAAUGUAAGAUAUUACUGGUUUUUUCCCUACAAAUAUAGAUAUUGAGUAGUAAAUUCCCUCACUUCAUAUAAGAAGGUGAAUGAGAGCAGUUUUAUUGCACAGAAAUGAUAGAGCCCAGAGUAUUUUUGAUGUGUCGACAGAAGUGCCGACACAGUGUGGUUUGAGGAGACCGAGGACGCCGGAUGGCGUGAGGUCUGAAACAGGAUACGUAAUGAGUGCUAUAAAGAAAAGUAUGUAGCUUCUAGAAUACUUAACUUUAAUUCGUAAUUGUAGAACAUCGCUCUUGAUGAUACAUGUUAUAACCACAAUAUAUAUAGCAAAGGAUUAUGGCGCCUUGCUAGGUCGUAGCCAUUAACUUAGCUGAAGGCUAUUCUAACUAUCUUCUCUGCAAAUAAACGAGGCUUCGUCAGUGUUGCAUCGCUAGCUAAGUCGUCCGUACAACUGGGGCGAGUGCUAGUACGUCUCUCUAGACCUGCCGUGUGGUGGCGCUCGGUCUGCGAUCACUGACAGUGGCGACACGCGGGUCCGACAUGUACUAAUAGACCGCGGCCGAUUUAAAGCUACCACCUAGCAAGUGUGGUGUCUGGCGGUGACACCACAAUUUUUGGUUGCUUGAUUUAUUCACGAGAGGGAACCAAACAGCAAGGUCAUCAUCAAGUGGCAGCAAGAUGGAAACACAGGUAAACCAGGAACCCCUGAAUAAAGUUUGGAGGAAAAGAGUCUUUUAAGGUUUACAACAUAGGAGAAGUUGGCGAAAACACUGUAUGGGUAUAGACUUACUAGAGAAGUGUAAGAGGGGAAGAUAGCAAUUUCAAGCCCAUCUACAUUUUUCCAUCUGCUGUUGCUUGGCACAUAAAUUUUCUCUGUCCAUAGUAUCUGUAUUUUCAGUUUUAUUUCAUGGUUCUUAGCCAUCUUGCAAGCCUCAAAAGAGCUCUGCUGCAAGGAAAUCAUAUGUAAUGAGUCACCAUUAAUCAUUUCUGUUUUAUGUACCUGCCUGCUGCUCAUCACUUUCUUUUGAAGCUGAGUGGUGGCUGAAUCUCUAACUCUUUGUUACCAUUCCAUUAUUGUACCAUCUGUCAUGUAAUACACAACUUCGGUACUCGUUUUAUUAUUUGUUAUUGUUUUUACCACCACAUUGCUAUAUAGAGAGUAAAAUAAGCUAAUCACCACAUUGCUAUAUAGAAAGUGAAAUAAGCUAAUCACCAAUGUUUUAAUUCUCUCUGGUGUAUCCAUCAGAAAUAAUAUUUCAUUCCAUGAGAUAGUGUUGAAUCAUGCAGUGCAGGCUUUCACAGACAGUAUUUACAUCCUUGGUGGAUUUUUAAUGAGCAUUAGGCCAGGCUCUUAAGAUAUGUUUCUGUGCCUGAUGUUGUAUCUGCAUAUACUGGAGACUUCAUCAAAAGCUAGGAAAACUGUAAUGGCUGCAAUAUUAUCUUCAGUGGAAAACAAGAGCCACUUUGUACAUCAUUUAUCUGUUCUUAAUUGCCGGCCGAAGUGGCCGUGCGGUUAAAGGUGCUGCAGUCUGGGACCGCAAGACCGCUACGGUCGCAGGUUCAAAUCCUGCCUCGGGCAUGGAUGUUUCUGAUGUCCUUAGGUUAGUUAGGUUUAACUAGUUCUAAGUUCUAGGGGACUAAUGACCUCAGCAGUUGAGUCCCAUAGUGCUCAGAGCCAUUUGAACCAUUUGUUCUUAAUUUACUAAAGAGAGAUGCCCACCUUGAAUACUGCUCUGACAAUUUAACUGUGGAAUUUUGAUCCACUUUUGUAGAAAAUCUGUAGAAUUGUGUAUACAGCUAUGUUAGACCAUGUUAGUGUUCUCAGAGUGGGCUUGCUUGAAAAAAAAAAAAAAAAAAAAAAAAAAAUUGUUGACUGUCUGAUGAAGUCUGCAGCAUUAGUACAUGAAUGUUACACGCAGGAACAUGUCUUCAAUCAUGGUCUGAUGUCCAUAUAAUACAAAUGAUCAAUGACAUAGUGUUGAAUUUUAUUCAGUCAUUGUAACAAAGAUUGUAAUGACUAUGAUAAUAUCGUCAGUGGAAAACUAGAGCAACUUAUUUACAUUGUUUAUCUGUUCCUAUUUUCUGAAGAAAGGUGCCCACUUUAAAUACUGCUGGAUCAUGUUAGCUGUGGAAUUGUAAUGCAUUUUUUGUAGAACAUGUGUUGAAUUGUGUAUGCAGCUUUAAGCCGUAUGUUAUGCUUUUUAUGACUGCCAUUACAUGUUUUUAUUGAUUCUGUAAUGACAGUUGGUUAUGUUUAUAUUAAGUACUAUUUUGUCAGAUACACAGGAAUUAUUAUUUUAAAACUUUUGUUUAUUGCCUAAAAUGUAGACAUAGUUCCAUAAAACUAUAUUAUGGUCAUGUUUAUAUUAAGUACUAUUUUGUCAGAUACACAGGAAUUAUUCUUUUAAAACUUUUGUUUGUUGCCUAAAAUGUAGACAUAGUUCCAUAAAACGUAAGAUGUGCACUUUCUAUUCAUAAUAGAUACUCUUGUUUGAUUUUGUCUUUAAAUGUAAUGAAACAUUAUUGAAAUAAGCUGCCCCUUAUUUAAUGGUGCAUAAAUUUCAUUUGCUUAUGUGGUAAUGAUCCUGUUUGUACACUUGAUGCAUAUUCUUUCAUCCACUUUAAAUGUAAACAAUGUAAAUGGCAUUGUCUUUAUGUUCCAUCUUAUCAUAAAUCACAGCACUUUGUGUUCUUAUUAUUAAAAUGUCCUCAUGAUUCUCUGAAGUAUUGCAGUUUGUAAUUUGGUUGAUUCCAUAUUUUCUAGGGUGUGGUCAGAAGGCUUACCACAUUUUGUUGAAUUGUAGAGGCAGUUAAGCACUGCAGGAAGAGAAUAAAAUUAAUAACUUUUGGUUUUGUAUAAAUUUUUAACCAUAUCUGUUGUUAAUAUCAUACACCUUUAAUUGGGAGUAUUUAAUUUUACUAUUUUGUUUUUGUGAUUUGAGAAUGUUUAUACAAGUGUAGACCAGGAAGGGGUUGAUUUCUUUCUUGCUCCCACUCUGCAAGUAGCCUUCAGAUGCUAUUAGUAACUCUUUAUUGUAUGGUAUGUGCUCAUAGAAAUUGUCAUGUAUUAAAAUGUAAUGUUGUCUUGUAUACUUGGAUGGAAAAAAAUGUCUCAAUUUUCUGAUUUCUGACUAAGAAGAAUUUGCUGAAAUAUUCACAGAAUGCCGAAUGUAUGACUCAGAUCUCUUGAGUUCUUGUACUUUUUUUCCGAUACUGGGUGCUUCAAAAAUUACAUAAGGAAAUGGAGUAACUUCAGCAAAAUUUCUUAAAUGCAGUCAAACCUUUGACAUAAAGAAAUUUUUAUAUUCUGUAAGUCCUUAUUGUGGUCUUGAAAGAAAUUAUUAAUAAGACAGUCAGUGGACUUAAGUAUAUUUGUGUGCAUUUGUUAAACUUAAAACAUUGUAGAGUUAGUUAUUCAAAAUAUACAGAAGAGACAUGAAUUAAAA